CACGUAUCCUAGCAAAUUAUUAAGGAAAACUGCUGCAAACCAGCCAUGGAUAUGGCCUCGUCGCCGCUCGAGUUCGAGGAUCUGUCCCAGACAUGCCGGAGGGACCGCUUCUGCCAGGUCUGCGUGCGCGCCUUCUGCUCCCACUGCUGCGGCUCUCACCACAGCCACGCGCUGUCCCACGCCGUCAUCCCCGUCGACGUAGACGCCGCCGGCCGGCCCGUCUUCUCCACGGCGUUCGAGUUCGGGGACUCGUCGCGCCAGCGCGAUCAUGCCGUCGCCACCAUCGCCGCGGAGGACUACGCCACGCGUCUCCCCAGAGACUCGUACUGCAUGUUCUGCGAGAGGAUCUUCUGCGCCGGCGCCUGCCCGCACCACCACGACGUGUGCGGCCCGCACGCCGUCCUCCGCAUCGAGGAGCACGGCGGCGCGUACUGCGUCCGGUGCACGGGCUCGGAGCCGUGGUUCCCGCACAUGGAGAGCAUCCUCGGCGACCCCGUCGGCGAGGGCGUGGACGGGCACGGGCAGCGCCUGCUGCUUCUGCCGGUGCUGAGGAGGGCGCCGGGCACGUGCGCGCAGUGCGGCGCCGACGUGGACUGGGAUCUGAAGCGGCACUGCUCGGAGCAUUGCGCCGCCGCCCACCGUCGUGGGAUCGCCCUGCGGAGGGAGCGCCGGGAGGGCAGAGGCGCCGCAAGGGAGCUCGCCGUCGCCGAGCUACAAAUCCAUUAUCAGAUCGCCAGGCUACAAAUCCAUUGAGGAAUCAAAUCAAGUUCGCCAAUGUAAAGGUUCAGGUUGUAUGAUCCAACCCCAAGAGUAAAGGAACAUGCUACUGGCUGCACAUGUGCACAUGCUACAUUUUACUUGAAAUAGUGUAUUCCAGCCAAGAGCCAAUAGUCACGAAUACUCUGCAACCCUGAUCUGUAAGAUGGGUGAACAAGCCUGACGCCGAGUUCAGGAUAUAUUUUAUCCUGACUCUCUGGUCCUGCAGAAUCUGGUGCGAGAUCAGGAUAUAUUUUCUCCAUCAAGCUCUGAGCAAACGCGAAGACCUUGGCUCUCGCGCCAGGCUACAAAUCCAUAGAGGAACAAAAUCAAGUUCGCCAAUGUAAAGGUACGUUUGAUCGCCUCUGGACAUGCAUGGGAUUCAUCUGGAUCACAGCUCUCGUUCGAUCGCUUGUGUUUGCCAUGUGAUAAAAGGCAGGCUGUGGUUUAGCUUUGUAAAAGAAGUUUCCAGAAAUUUGCUGGGGCCUGGGAGUUGAGGUUUUGCUGUUAGUUUUUGUGGUGCCUGCUAUGGGCCAACAAGGCUGUAGUUUUAGUUGAGCUGUCAGGCGUAGGUAGUAUGGAUAUUUUGUAUCCAGUGAUCAAGGAUAAGUUGUAAUUGUAUGGCGGCAUCCAUGAACAUAUCUUGCGGACAGCCUAAAGCACUUGUGAUGUCAUUAUUGUAAGCCAGAACUGUGCAAAAUUUACAUACCUAGCUAAGGCGGGAUAUGCAUAUCCGUGUCUAGCGACAUGAUCCUGCAGCGGUUGUUCAAGUUUGGUUGGAUAAGUCCUCUGAUUCA